AAUAUUAUUUGCAGUUUUUUUUUUAUUUUUUUUUAUUAAAUAGAAUUACAAAUUAUAAUAUAUCUGCGAAAGAAAUAAAGGAACUGUAGAAGAAACAAAACCGUUUACGAUUAGAUACUUGAAAUUCCAUAAUCGUUUACCACAUCGCAAUUAAUACUCACUGUACACACUAUUGUCGCAUUAAACGUUUCGAAAGUGACUUUCUCCGUUAUCAAUAAUCUUGAUCGUGGUAAAAAAAGCAUCACUAGUGGUCACAAGUUUAAAAAAAUUCUCUUUGCUGUUAAAAAAAAAAGUCAUUUCUGUUUCGCGAAUCUUGUCAUUCCAUGGCUUUCGUUUGUCAUAUAUUUUGAGAAAACCAUUACGCGUCAUCUGAUUGCGAUUCAUGGACUGUUCGACAUUUUAUAUCCCGGAGAAAGUGUAUUGUUGAAUCGAAACGAUAUUACUCGGAUGCGACUCACGUCUCGUACCAGCCGUUUCCGUAGUAUAUAGCUCCCCACGAAAUUUCUUCGCACCGUUAUACUGUUGUGAUUUUCAUCAGCGAUAAUACUGUGCUUCUUUGUUAUACAUUAUAACGCAAUUUUUCAUGAUGUUGGUAAGUGAAUAGCGGAUAGUCUUAAAAAAAUUAUGUUUCAUUUUUCAAAUACUCUUAAUUGUAGUGUUUCUGAAAAGUCAAAGUUUGAGAAUGUGCUCUACUGAGAAUAAAAGAAAUUUACGUGAACAUAUGAGUGUAAAAUAAAAUAUUUGUUGAACACAGUUGCCAUUUUAAGAUACAAACUUAUUGAUAACGAAUUUUCAAGAAUUUAUAUCUUUCUCUAAAAUGAUUAUCGCAAGUUUAAAAUGUAAAAUAAGCUUUAUAUUAAAAUAGCACAUAUAUAUGUGUAUCUAUAUAAUAAAAAUAAUUAUUGGUUCUCUACAUAAUACUAAUCAAAUAUUGUUUAUUUCAACUGAGCUCGGAAAUUAUGUUUUGCAGAAGCACGCAGUUGUCCUAAGUGCGAUGUGUUGCCUAAUUACGGCCGAGCUACCGGUCCAGGCUGGAGUAAAGCCAACGAACGUGAUAGGUAGCCCAGAGCAGCAUGCGUCCUUCAGCUUCAUCCGACCGGGACUAACACAAACGUCGUUUGCAUUCGCCGGACCGAGCUCCCAUCAAUCAUUCGCUGCCAGCAUCGGCAAUCCUGAGCUAAUACAAAAAGUCCAGCCGAGCAUCGCGCAAGCUCUUGUCCAGAGAAAUCCUAACCUAGGAUAUUAUGCGUUCAGUCCUGCUACGAGCGGGGUCCUCUCAAAUUUUGCGACCGGACCGUAUCAGGCCCAGACCGUGGAUCCCGCGGUCGCACUAACGUACGCGCAACAAUUGCAGCAGCCUCAGCAAACGUAUCUGCACGCGUAUCAGCCGGGUACCGCAGUUUAUCAAUCGCAAUUGGCGCAAUUGUUCGCCCUUCGUCAAGCGCAGUUGGCACAGCAAGGACAACUGCAUACUAUUUCAUCAGAACAGGUGCCUGAGGGUCAGGCUCGGUUGCAACAGGAACAACAAGUGGAACAACAAUCGCAGAACUUGCUGGGUGUUGCUUAUUCAUCCGCCCCAACAGUCGCACGCGUAAAGGUCUCUGGAAAUGGAUAUAAGUUCAACUUCUAAUUCUGAAUACAACAUUUAUUAUAACGAAAACGAUUUUUGUUCGCGUAUAAAUUUAUAAAACAUGUUUUAUACAGAACACGCAUGUACACUCCUAUUUAUUUAUUACAAAACGAUAUCGUAGAUAAAUUAUUACAUAACGAUAUUGUAGAUAAAUUGGUCUUUACAUCUAAUCGAAUAUAUAUUUUAUAUAUUAAUUAAACAUAAUAUUUAAUAUCAUAAUUAAUUUAUAAUUAAAGUUACUUUAUAUAAGUAAAAUUAA